CAUCGGUUCUCAUUCGUUCAUUUAGUGUCGUCCAACGCGGAGCUGUAAUAUAGUUAUUGUUAGGUAUGUACUUCUCAUACAUUUUCUGCUAUGCUCUGCUCGUUGCAUUGGCCUCCUCGUCGACGUUCACUCCACCCGACAUAUUGUGGUUGGACGAAGGAGAAGUCUGCAAGAAGAGUUUAAUUUCGGGGAAAACUCACGUGUGCAAAGUGUUGGACGACUGCAAGACGGCCAUUCAAGACAUUAGGGACAACGUUAAGUAUCCGACUAUUUGCAGUUUCAAAGGCAAAAUGCCAGUGGUGUGCUGUGCGCCAGAGACUGUGACCAGAGAAGAAAGACUAGCCAUAGACGAAGUCAUUCCGGAAGUUUUACCCGGAAUAACACUGCAUUUUGAAAGCUACAAAGAUGGAUUGGUCGAAGAUAAUCUCAUCACCUACUCUCGACCCCGUCGUCAAAUUGUGUCACGAAUCCGAUAAAACACACGAAUAAUAUCACGUGAACAACGCAAUGCACAUUUUUAUGAAUCGAAAUGGCCACUGAAUUCGAUUCACAUUCCAUACCGAAUCACAGACGACAUUGUGCCGACAGGUUGCUGCUCCAGCCCACAUAUUGUUAUUAUUAUUAUUAUUAUUGUCCUACUCACGAAUUGGCGAGGAAGAAAAUUCACAAGACAUGUGGUACGAUCGUACGACUCAUAAUAUUAUAACAUUUUAUUAUAUUAUUAUAAUAUUAUCGUUACGACAUGCUGACUCUCCUUCGCAUCACACCACUCGUCGGUCUACGGAUUUUAUCACUUUAAAAAAAUACAAAAUGAGUAUACGACUGUGUUCAGUUAUAUUAUAAUAUGCGGAUAUCGUCGGCUUCGUUUAAUUGCACUGCAUUAGUCACCGGCAAUGUUUUGGAAACGGUUGCAUUUUCGCAUCGAUUAAAUAUAAUAUUUAAGUGGUCUGUCCGAAUUUUUAUCACCGAAUUCGCCGGUGGUCGCAUAUAAUUAUUAAAACACCACGAUGGCAUUAUACCUCAAUACGAAAUAACAUAUAACGUGUAUAGCACAUAAAGCAAUGUUUUGAUUUUAUGCAGUCAAGCCGAGGAAAAUAUCUCAACCGCAGCGACCGCUUUAUGGUGCACCGAAGAUAAUAUAAUUUUGCGAUACAAAUUUUGCGCGGGAAACCGGUCAUACAUCACAUAAUAUUAUAUCCACAGUGGUAUCAUUGUUAUUUUUUUUUUUUUAAAUUAUGAUAAUAAUGUACAAGACUUGUCUGAGUAUGAUGGGACCGCAAUCUAUUGUAACACAUGUAUUUAGGUAUUAUCGUUUUGAACGCGGCUCCACUUUCGACGAUUCGUCGUGAUUUACUUAUGUACAAUUUUGUUUUACGUUUAUAUAUGGGUAUAAAAAAAAUAUGUAACUGAUAUCGUAAUAAUACUUUAGGUGUUCUGCAGUAUUGUUUAUUUGAUAUUGCCGAGUUCAGUGAUUGGCCGAUACAGAACACAUUAUUAUUAUUAUUAUUAUUAUUGUGAUAAUUAUAAUUUAUAUUGUGCUAUAAUAUGUAUACCUACGACUUCGACCGUGUUCUUAUUUGUCGUGAUUGAAAUCCGAUACCUGUACAACGAUAAUACCUAUAGGUAUAAAAGGUAAUAAUAAUAAUAAUGUUAUAAUAUUGGGUAAACACUGCACCACAAUCCGUUUCCCAGCAGCAGCCCGGUCGUCACAACUAUACAGCAAUACUUCUUUUAUAAUAUGUAUGCUUCGAGGGGCACUCUUUUCAGUUUGAAUUUUUUUUUCUAUUUAAUUUCUAAUUAUUCUGUGCUUAUAAUAAGCACGGAAAACACUUAUAAAAUAAUAUGGAUAAAUAUCGAUAUUCUAUGAGUAUGAUCUUCCAUUGAUUUAUGUAAUAGUGAUAUUUUCCAAUUUUUUUUUUAAAUUAAUUUUUUAUUGUAACAAUAAGUAUAAUUUCUAGUCAUUUUUGCUUUAUAAGCUCGUUAAAAAUAGUACCUAAUUUGUUUUCGAAUAAAAAAGACAAGUGUUAUAAUGAUAUUGCUAUAUAUACAUUUUUAAUUGUUAUAAAUACUAUGAAUAAAUACAUGACGUGCCUUUUUAAGUAAUAAUAUCAUCAUUGAUAAAAUCAAAAGAGCUCAAUAUGUCCAAGUAUAGUAUAGCUACAUUUCAAUAUUGUAAUUAUAGGUACUACUUAUUCGUUUCUAUUGUACACAUAAUUAAAAUGCAUAUUAUAUUUAAUAAAUAAACUGUUUGACGAAAA